AUGCAGGCCUAUACAGAGCUUGCGGCUCCUUCAGCCGUCACACACUCCUUGACCAUCGCCCUCACGUCCGCCACGGCCUCGAACCUCGUUGUCGCAAAGGGCUCCCUGCUCCAGAUCUUUACAACCAAGGCCAUCUCGGCCGAAUUCGACGCUCAGAACCAGCCUACACAGCCUCCCAAGGUCGAGCCCGAGUUUGAUCACCGCGCACAUGACGACGAUGGCCUCGAAUCUUCGUUCCUCGGCGGCGGCGAGUCAAUGCUAGUUCGCACCGAUCGCACAAACAACACCAAGCUAGUCCUCGUCGCAGAGCUGCCACUCACUGGAACCGUUAUAGGUCUUGCCAAGAUCAAGACUAAGUAUACAAAAUCCGGGGGCGAAGCUCUCCUGCUAGCAUACAAGGCGGCCAAGAUGUGCCUAUGCGAGUGGGAUCCCAAAAAGAACACCCUCGAGACCCUCUCAAUCCACUACUAUGAGAAGGACGAGCUUCAGGGCGCUCCCUGGGAGGUCGCCUUUGACGAAUACGUGAAUUUCCUCGAGGCCGAUCCAGGCAGCAGAUGCGCCGCCUUCCAGUUCGGCUCGCGCAACAUCGCUAUCCUCCCGUUCAGACAAGCAGAAGAGGACUUGGAGAUGGAUGAUUGGGAUGAGGAUCUCGACGGACCGCGGCCCGUCAAGGAGUCCACCGCAGUCGCCAAUGGAGAUAGCGACACUCUAGAAGCAGCCUAUACACCGUCUUUUGUCCUCCGUCUCCCACUGCUUGAUCCCAGUCUGCUUCAUCCCGUGCACUUGGCCUUCCUGCAUGAGUAUAGAGAGCCGACUUUUGGCAUCCUGUCGUCCAGUCAAGAGCGGGCGCAUUCACUUGGCCAGAAAGAUCACCUCACAUACAAGGUCUUUACGCUCGACCUGCAACAGCGCGCUUCAACAACCAUUCUCUCAGUCACCGACCUCCCGCGAGAUCUAUACAAGAUGAUUGCUCUGCCAGCGCCUGUUGGCGGCGCGUUGCUGAUCGGAGAGAACGAGUUCAUUCAUAUUGAUCAAUCGGGCAAGGCCAACGGUGUGGCUGUCAACUCAAUGGCUCGACAGAUGACCUCAUUCAGUUUGUCCGACCAGGCGGACUUGAACCUUCGGUUAGAGGGUUGCAUUAUUGAACAGCUAUACAUUGAGAACGGAGAACUACUCUUGAUUCUCAAUGACGGUCGACUGGGCAUAGUAUCAUUCCGAAUUGAUGGUAGAACUGUGUCUGGUAUCAGUAUCAAGAUGAUUCCAGAGGAAAACGGAGGCCGUUUAAUCAAGAGCCGCGCAUCUACAGCCUCGAAAUUGGGUAAAAACACCUUCUUUAUUGGUAGCGAGACUGGCGAUUCUGUUGUGUUGGGUUGGUCAAGGAAGAUGAGCCAGGAGAAGCGGCGCAAGACACGCCUUGUUGACGCCGACCUUGGGCUUGAUGUGGACGACCUCGAUCUCGAAGAUGAUGACGACGAAGAUGAUGAUCUGUACGGCACCGAAACGGCCGCAAAGCCAACCCAGGCUCUCAACGGAGCGGGCAAAUCGGGUGAACUGAGCUUCCGCAUUCACGAUACCCUUCUCAGCAUCGCUCCUAUCAGGGACUUGACAUCCGGCAAGGCAGCUUUCCUUCCAGAUAGUGAAGAGGCGACCCUAUCAAAAGGCGUCGUUUCUGACUUGCAGCUUGCCUGCGUUGUUGGUCGCGGCAACUCUGGAUCUCUCGCCAUCCUGAACCGACAUAUUCAACCCAAAAUUAUCGGGAGAUUCGAGUUUCCAGAAGCACGUGGGUUCUGGACCAUGUGUGUCAAGAAGCCUGUGCCCAAGUCUCUGGGAGGAAACGUCACUGUUGGAAACGACUAUGAGACGUUUGGGCAGCACGAUAAGUACAUGAUUGUGGCCAAGGUCGACCUCGACGGGUAUGAGACAUCAGAUGUGUAUGCUCUCACUGCUGCUGGAUUUGAGACUCUAAAAGAGACCGAGUUUGACCCUGCGGCUGGCUUCACUGUUGAGGCUGGAACGAUGGGCAAGCAAAUGAGGGUCAUUCAAGUCUUGAAAUCUGAGGUUCGGUCCUACGACGGAGACCUUGGUCUCACUCAGAUCCUUCCAAUGCUUGACGAAGAAACUGGUGCUGAACCCAGAGUCAUCAGCGCCAGCAUCGCAGACCCCUAUCUACUCCUCAUCCGUGACGACAGCAGUGUCUUGAUCGCGCAGAUCGACAGCAACAACGAGCUCGAAGAGGUUGAAAAGACGGACAGCACGCUCCAAAGCACAAAAUGGCAUGCCGGUUGCUUGUACACUGAUACAAAGGGCGUCUUCCAGCCAAGCGUUGGUGACAAGGGUGCCGACACUUCCAAGAUUAUGAUGUUCCUUCUUAGCUCAACAGGAGCACUACACGUAUACGCGCUUCCCGAUCUCUCAAAGCCAGUCUACGUCGCUGAAGGCUUGUGUUAUGUUCCUCCUCACCUCUCGGCAGACUAUACUCUCCGCCGAGGCCUGGCGAAAGAGAAUCUCCGCGAGCUGUUGGUGGCAGACCUAGGAGAUACUGUAUCCCAAUCACCAUAUCUCAUCCUCCGAAACCAAACCGACGAUCUCACCAUCUACGAGCCCCUCCGGUACCAACCAGAGGGUGCCGAACCCACGCUAUCCGCUACCCUUACCUUCAAGAAGACUUCCAAUGCGGCACUCGCCACGAGUCCCGUCGAGACAUCACAAGAGGAUGCCGUCCAGCAGCCACGCUUCGUGCCCCUAAGAACAUGCGCCAACGUCAACGGCUACAGCACCGUCUUCCUUCCAGGUCCAUCACCAAGCUUCAUCCUCAAGUCUAGCAAGAGUAUCCCUCGCGUCAUCGGUCUCCAGGGUCUUGGUAUCCGUGGCAUGAGCACGUUCCACACCGAGGGCUGCGAUCGAGGUUUCAUCUAUGCCGACGACGAGGGCAUUGCACGUGUCACACAGCUUCCCUCUGAGACCAACUUUACCGACCUUGGCAUAUCUGUCAAGAAGGUACCUUUGGACAGUGAUGUUUGCGGUAUCGCGUACCAUCAACCGACUGGCACAUAUAUCGCCGGAUGCACGACAAAUGAGCCGUUUGAGCUACCAAGGGAUGACGAUUACCACAAAGAAUGGGCCAAGGAAACUCUCACUUUUGCACCAACCAUGCCCCGUGGUGUUCUCAAGUUGAUCAGUCCCGUCAGUCUGACCGUCAUCCACGAUCAAGAGCUUGAGUCAUGUGAAUCCAUCGAGUGUAUGAAGACACUACAACUCGAAGUCUCAGAGGAAACAAAGGAGCGUCGCUUCCUCCUCACGGUGGGAACCGCCCUCUCUAAGGGCGAGGACCUUCCCAUCCGCGGCCGCGUCCACGUCUUUGACAUUGUCACCGUCAUCCCCGAGCCUGGCAAGCCCGAAACCAACAAGCGACUCAAGGCCAUUGCCCGAGAGGACAUUCCCCGAGGUGGCGUCACUGCCAUCUCGGAGAUUGGCACGCAGGGUCUUAUGCUCGUCGCUCAAGGCCAGAAGUGCAUGGUACGAGGUCUCAAGGAGGAUGGCUCCCUGUUGCCUGUGGCUUUCCUUGAUAUGAGUUGUCAUGUUUCGAGCGCUCGUGAGCUUCCCAGGACUGGUCUGUGUGUCAUGGCUGAUGCCUUUAAGGGUGUCUGGUUCGCGGGAUACACUGAAGAGCCUUACACGUUCAAGAUUCUAGGCAAGAGUCAUGGCCGGCUACCACUCCUAGUAGCAGAUUUCCUCCCUGAUGGCGAAGAUCUUGCCAUCGUUGCGGCAGAUGCUGAUGGUGAUUUGCACAUCCUCGAGUUUAACCCCGAGCAUCCCAAAUCCCUUCAGGGCCACCUCCUCCUCCACCGAACAACCUUCUCCGUCUCCCCCAACCCCCCAACCUCAAUGCUCCUCCUCCCACGAACAACCCCCCCAGCCCAUCCAUCUCCCUCAGACCCUUCCCAGAUCCUCCUCCUCGCCUCCCCAUCAGGUCACCUCUCAACCCUCGUACCCCUCCCAGAGGCGACAUACCGCCGCCUCCUCUCCGUAACGAACCAGCUCCUCCCCGCGCUGACACCCUACGGAGGUCUCAACGCAAAGGGAUACCGUCUUCCAAGCGGUACGCGACCUGUGGGUGUUGAUGCUGCUGCUGGACGAACCAUCGUCGACGGUGCUAUCCUGGCGAGGUGGGCUGAGCUGGGCGCUGCAAAGAGGGCAGAGAUUGCAGGCAAGGGUGGGUAUGAUGGUGUUGCGGAGCUGAGAGAUGAGCUUGAGGGUGUGCUGGGAUGGAGUGGACUGGCGUAUUUCUAA